AAGGAGCAACAGCAACCACAAAAAGAAACAUUUUGGCAGCUCACUCCCUCCUCUCCCCUCCCCUGCUUAAUGAAUUUUGCGAAUCUGUUCACCAGAAUUUGCCUUCCAAACUCUCAUCACCCUCAGGCCCGAACAUAAUACAGCAUGGGCAUUAAGUUCGUUCUGACUGCAAUCUGUAUAUGGAAUUGGAUAGCCUCCUGGGUUCUCACUGCUUCAUCUGAUGAGCUAGUGCGGAUCAGUCUGAAAAAGCAGCCUUUAGACCUUAAAAGAAUAAAUGCUGCAAGGAUCACCGGACUAGAGCUUGAAAGCAAUGUGAAUGAUCAGGAAGCAGAUGUAAUAUAUCUAAAGAAUUAUCUAGAUACCCAAUAUUAUGGAGAAAUUGGCAUAGGUUCACCCUCUCAGAGCUUUUCUGUUAUCUUUGACACUGGCAGCUCUAAUCUUUGGGUGCCAUCUUCAAAAUGCCUUUUUUCUAUUGCUUGUCAUCUCCAUUCCAAGUUUUGGGCAAGGCUAUCCAGAACUUAUACCAAGAUUGGGAUACCUUGCCAAAUCCACUAUGGCUCUGGAUCUAUUUCUGGAUUCUUUAGCCUAGAUCAUGUUAAAGUUGGAGAUAUUGCUGUCAAAGAUCAAGAGUUUAUAGAGAUUACAAGGGAAGGUUAUCUACCAUUCCUAGUUGCCAAAUAUGAUGGGAUUCUAGGACUUGGGUUUCAGGAAAUUUCUGUGGAACAAGCUACUCCUCUGUGGUUUAAUAUGGUGCAACAAGGGCAUGUUAGCCAGAAAAUUUUCUCUCUCUGGCUAAAUCGAGAUUUAACAUCAGAGGUAGGAGGUGAAAUUGUCUUUGGAGGACUUGACUGGAGGCACUUCAGAGGUGAACACACUUAUGUUCCGGUUACCAAAAGCGGUUAUUGGCAGAUUGAGGUGGGGGAUAUAUUAGUAGAAAACAACUCAACAGGACUAUGCAGGAAUGGCUGCGCUGCCAUUGUGGAUUCAGGGACAUCCUUAAUUGCUGGGCCAACUGAAAUUGUGGCACAGAUCAACCGUGGAAUUGGAGCAGAAGGAAUUGUAAGCUUGGAAUGCAAAAAUGUUGUUUCCAAGUAUGGGUAUUCCUUGUGGGACUCCUUAAUAUCUGGGGUACGGCCUGAAAUUGUGUGUGUUGAUAUUGGGUUAUGUUCAUAUAAUGGAUCACAGAAUAUGAGUGGUGGCCUCAAGACAGUGGUAGAAAAUAAAACUAGGGAAGGAUCACCAAUUGGUGAGACUGCUCUGUGUACUUUCUGUGAGAUGAUUGUUUUCUGGAUCCAAGUUCAGCUCAAACAACAGAAAACAAAGGAAAAAGUGUUCAAACAUGUGAAUCAGUUGUGUGAAAAUCUUCCAAAUCCUAUUGGAAAAUCAUUUGUCAACUGUGAUGACCUUGAAACUCUGCCAGACGUUACAUUUACCAUCGGAAACAAUCCAUUCCCUCUUACUCCGCAACAGUAUAUUCUUAAAGUUGAAGAAAGAUGUUCUACUGUGUGUGUCAGUGGCUUUGUUGCUUUCGAUGUGCCUCCCCCACGAGGUCCACUCUGGUACGAUGACAUUCUCUGUUCGAUUAUUUCUGGUUGCUGUGUAGCCGUAGCUGAGAAAUGCCACAAACAUGAGGUACUCGGAGAUACGUUUCUGAGCGCUUACCAUACAGUGUUUGACUUCGGAAAUCUGCGGGUAGGAUUUGCAAAAGCUGCAAAAUAGUCCUAACUGGAUUUCCCCAGCCUCCAUAUUUGCUCACGUUAAUCCACAGACGGAUAACCAAGGAUGCAUCACUUGUUAGAUUCUAUAUGCAUUUGCCCAUUCUGCUUCAAAUGUCUUGUGUAAAGGUUAAUAUGUCAGUGUUCUACUUAAAUAAGUUCUCCUAUAAUAUAACAAUAAAAAAAGGAUGAAAUUAUUU